UAGGGCAACAUUGGAUGGUCUUUCUCUUAUGCACCGCUGCAUAUUCCUGAUAAUAAUGUGCGCGACAGUACGAACCAAACUCGGGCCUAACGGAUUGGCGACUGCUGCUAGCGUGAACAAUUUUCUGGGAAAGAACAAGGAGCUGACUAGAAAUUCGUUCAUUGUGACAGCUGAGUGCCUCCCUUGCUUGCGGGGGACCGAGUGGUGUAAUCUACAAUGUGUCUUUAUCUGUGUUCAGCGAGGUGUAAUCCUGUGGGAUGAAACAGCUGUAUACAGCUUCAACUUCCCACAUAUGACUUAUCCUCUUAUAAAUCAAUUAUUUACAGUUUAGAACAUUCCAUGUUUUGAAAAGCGUUUGAAAGAGGAAUUGAUUAAAAAACACUUCUGAACAAUACUGAGUGGGACAUUGUAGGGCCUAGAGCCUUUAGCUCUCAGUGAUGAAGUAUGUCAGAAAACGACCGGAAAACCAACUGAACAUCAACUCGAUGAAGUCAGCAUUCUGUAAAUUUUUUUGUGGUGUUUGGUGGAUGACACAACUUCAACUGCUGCUCGUAAAGUGGGUACAGAUGAGUCUGCAGAUGCCAUUUGCAAGGUUCUCCCAAUCUUGGCCCUCGUAUGCCCAUCCCUUACAGAGCAAGAUGGUGGGGAAAACGCCUUGAGAACGAAGAUAAGUGUUCUCUUCCCCAAAGGAAACAGAAAUCUGAACGAAAAUUAUCGGUUUUGAAAACUGAAUAGGGGAACCUUUGUUGGGGAAGGUGGGUUGUCUAGGUUGACUAACUCUGGUGCCUUUCCCGUGAUGAAAACAGAGGACUAGGACCAGCUUUUUCUAUUAAUGCCCAGAUUUCCGCGCGGUUAAUCUAAGCAUCAGUUAACGGAUGAUGUGGCGUGACAAUCAAGGAACUGACUUAUGACUUUAUUUUCGUUGAGAGUUUUGAGAACAACCCUGGUGGUUGCAAGGAACACUGAAACAAGCAGAGGCUUUGGUGUGUUUACAGCCAUGCUGCGUAAAGAGGAUGUUGCUUCCAUGAGAAGAAACUAUGAAAUGCCCGAUGGCUUCGAUGAAUCUCAUCUUGUGGCAAAGGAACCUUUUAUGCAGUUCGAUGCGUGGUUCAGAGAAGCUUCCAAAAGUCCUAAUAUCGGAGAGGCAAAUGCCAUGAUUCUAUCCACAUGCGGAAGGGACUGUCGUCCUACAGCAAGAGUGGUGUUGUUAAAAGGCUAUGAUAACACAGGAUUCACUUUCUUCACUAAUUAUAACAGCUCAAAAGCAGGACAAUUGAAAGAAAACCCUUAUGCUUCAUUAUUAUUUUAUUGGGACCCUUUGCACCGACAGGUGAGAGUUGAAGGGAGAGUGGAAAAACUGUCACAAAAAGAGAGUGAGGAGUAUUUUCACUCUCGUCCUCGUUCAAGUCAGAUAGGAGCCAUUGUCAGUAAUCAGAGCUCAGUUAUUGCAAGUAGAAAGGUUUUGGAAGUAAAGGAGAAGGAACUUAAAGAGCAAUAUGCUGAUGAACAAAAAGUGAUUCCAAAACCAGAUAAUUGGGGUGGUUUUAAAGUAAUUCCAGAUAAAGUUGAAUUCUGGCAAGGGCAAUCCAGUAGACUCCAUGACAGGAUUGUUUUCCGUAAACAAGAAGCAGAUGAAGUUCUUGCUGAAAAUGUAACAAAGAAAGGAGACAAUGGAUGGGUCUAUGAGAGACUUUCACCUUAAGGGCCACGGCAAGAUAAAAUUAAUAUUGUAACAGUUAUAGAUAUUAUAAGACUUACACGUACAAUGUUAUAGUUGAAAAAACUAAAAUUUGCUAUGUUUUAAUUGACUCUGUAAGCUUUUUGUGGAAUGUAUAUUUUUUUCUUUGUAUUAAAAUGUGCAAUAUAACUAAGGUACCUUAGCCCCUUCCUAAUAAAUGAAAGGAGAUUCUAUCUAACAGUUGUAGGAAUUGCUACUAUUGGAGUGAUAUCACUAUAUCUCUACAGAAGAAGCCAUCUAGAUAAUUUUAAAAGAACACUUUUCAUGGAUUACUCUUCUCAGUAUUAAUGUGGUCGUAU